ACGAUCACAUUCGAUGAUUUUUCUGAAAAGAAAACCAGUUUAUUCUUGUUUAACAGAACUAAUGAAUGUUAACUUCAACCAGGACAGAAAGCUAAUGUUUGAGUGCUUUAAAACUUGUGACAUGUAUAAUAUUACAAACCUCUAAAAUACAGAAAGUGGGAACUGUAAGAGUGUGAAAUCCAAUAAUUCCAAGCUUUUUCCAGCAAAAGAAAUGAUCCAUCAAUCCGGUAACAUCUGAAUGAAAGGCACUGAGAACAGGGAGGUACUAUUUUCACUAACUGAGACAGAAAAAGCAAUUAAACGGGAAAUUGAAUUCGAUGAAAACAUUUCCUUUCCCUCCACCUGCUGUUACCACAGAGUUUCGUAUAUUUACCCAAACCAAAAAUAAACUUUAAAAUUUUUUUCAUUAAAGGUUUUAUUUUUCCAUUGUAGAUUCCAUUCCUUAGUCCAUCUAGAUAUGUGCAUAUGUAUACGUAUACUUUAUAUACAUAUAUAGACGGAAAGACUACUUUAAAGAGUGAAUUGAGUACUAGUCUUGGAGUCAGAUCUGCGUUCAAAUUCUCCUUUUAAAGUCUAUUCAGUAUAAUCAUGGACGUAUUACUUAACUUCUUAGUUCUCAACUUUCUAGCAUAAAAAAAUUAUGGAGACGGUAUCCAUCAUUACGUAAAGGGAGGUUCUUACUACCGAAGUGAAACCACCUAUUUGACUCAAUAAAAAAGAUACUAUAGAAAUAGGAAAUCUUUAUACUAAUAUUCCGAUUUUCAAUGCCUGUAAACAAUUUUAUUCCUUUAUGAAGGACCUUUAUUUUCUGGAAGCUCCUGUUUGGAAAUGUUUGUGGUUUAUCAAAAAAGUCUUAAAUUUCUAUCUAAAUAUUUUCAAUGUUGCCUUCAAGAAUAUUUAGAUCCUUAGAAAAGUUGCGUUUUCUAGGAAGCAUUUUUAACAUAAAUAUCUUUGAGACAACUGAAACAUUUUAUUGAAUAAAAAUUAUGGGCAAAUGACUUUUUAAACCAAUUAUUCGAAGAAUAUAAAUCUUUAUAGAGAAAGAUUGGGGAGAAUGAAAAAAAGCAGGAGCCACAUAACUUUUAUAGUAAUAUGCAUUGUCAUGAUUUAUAUUCCUGAUAAUGAGCACACAUUUCCCCAUAGACUGGGCAGGGAUCGUUAGCGGACUAGAUAAUAAGAGCUAGGACUCUCUUGCGUUGUUUUUCUAGCGGGCCCAUUUUUUAGAGACAGUGGGACUUCAGAAGGUGUGAGUCUCCUGACCGCUGACCAGAGUUCAGUUAAGCCAAACGGUAGAUUCCAGAGUUUGCUGCUGGGAUCGGAGUUGGGUGCCAAAGUUACAAAGGAAGGAAGGACGACUAAUAUCACAAUCUAACUGUAAUCACUUGACUGUAUAGAAAUUCCUGUUUGUCUCCCUGCAGGAGCGAAUAAGUCCUUUCUCCUCUCUCUCCCCAACUCUUGCUAGUUUUCCCAACAGUUCUCUUUUUGUACGAAUCAACUCUAUCUCUGGAUGAGGAAUGUGUUCCUAGGAUUCUUUCCCGGUUCCCCUGUGGUGGCUCUGACGUGAAGAGCCAUGUGACAGGCCCCCUUCUGCUAUAAGGAGAGAGAAAGGUCCGCCCUCUCUUGGACUCAGCCCCAUCCUCUCCCCGAUCUUUCUCCAGACUCUCACCCAGCACACACACGCGCUCGCGCGCGCGCCGAGCUCCCUGCCUCAUUUGCCCCCAGCUUUGCCACCUCCUCCUUGAAAAGAGUGGGUGUGGGAGAGCUAGAGGGAGGAGGAAGGGGGGGGAGAAGCCAACUUUUCAGGGCGCCCCGUGCUUGCCUAAGGGCGUGUAUGUUUGUGAGGAGUGUGUGUUUUUGCAUGCUCUCGAAGAGAGGAAAGGAGAGACAGCAGAGGAGUGGAGAGACAAGGCGGAGUAAGGGGAGAGCGCUUUUCUUCUAGGACCCACAGUAUUGGGAGGCCCAAGUGACCCAGCAGACUGUGAGCAAUAGCAGCAGCAGCAGCAACAGCAGCAGCAGCAGCAGCAACGACGAGAACCGCCCGCAGCCUGGCUCCCUCUGGCCGGGCUAGCCGCCGGGCACUGGGGCGCGGUGGGUGCCCAGAGCCCCGCGCCCCUAUGCACCGCCCCGCAGUCUCCGCUGCUGCUGCCGCCGAAAAGAAGCCAUGACCCUGAGCGCGGAGAUGUCCGAUGCCUCCGGACUGGCGGAUGAGACCGACAUCGAUGUGGUUGGGGAGGGUGAGGACGAAGAGGAAGAGGAGGAGGAGGAGGAGGAAGAUGACUGCAGUGGCAAGGGCAGAGGCGGCGGGCCGGGGCUCCGAAGGCGGCGUCGCUCUUACGCUGAAGAGGAAGAAGAGGAGGACGAGGACGAGGACGAGGACGAGGACGGGCUGCUUUCCCCGGGAACUGGGGGCUCCACAGUCACCCCGAGUCCGGGCCAGGUUGCAGGGUCAGUCGGCGAGAGCAGCGGCGGCGGAGGUGGCGGGGGCAGUUCUGGGGCAGCGGUUGGCGGCGGCGGCGGGGGAACGGGAGGCAGCGGCGGCGGGGCCAAGAACCCGCUGGUGAAGCCGCCCUACUCGUACAUCGCGCUCAUCACUAUGGCCAUCCUGCAGAGCCCCAAGAAGCGGCUGACUCUAAGCGAGAUCUGCGAGUUCAUCAGCGGCCGCUUCCCUUACUACCGGGAGAAGUUCCCCGCCUGGCAGAACAGUAUCCGCCACAAUCUCUCGCUCAACGACUGCUUCGUCAAGAUCCCUCGGGAGCCCGGGAACCCCGGCAAGGGCAACUACUGGACCCUGGACCCCGAGUCCGCCGACAUGUUCGACAACGGCAGCUUCUUGCGCCGGAGAAAGCGCUUCAAGCGGCAGCCGCUGCUCCCGCCCGCCACCGCCGAGACACUGCUUCUGCGGGGCGCUGGGGCCGCGGGGGCCGGAGGGGACCCGGCAGCAGCCGCCGCCGCUGCCGCUGCCGCCGCCGCCGCCGCCGCCGCCGCCGCCCUGUUCCCGCCCCCGCCUCCACCCGCGCCGCCCCCUCCACCGCCGCACGCCUAUGGUUACGGCCCGUAUAGCUGCGGCUACGGCCUCCAGCUGCAGCCCUACCCGCCUCCCUCGGCACUGUUCGCCGCCUUCCACCCGCACCCUGCGGCGGCCGCGCACCAUCACCCGCACCCGCACCCGCACCCACACUCGCCGCCGCCUCCACCGCCUGCCCACGGGGCGGCGGCCGAGCUGGCCAGGACCGCCUUCAGCUACCCGCCGCCCCCGCUGGGCCCGGGCCUUCCGGGCUCUCUGCAGGCUGCAGCCAAACCAGGGACCAGCCCGGGCCUGGCGCGCUCGCCCUUCUCCAUCGAGAGCAUCAUAGGAGGGAGCCUGGGCCCCGCCGCUGCCGCCGCCGCCGCCCAGGCCGCCCAGGCCGCCGCCGCUGCCGCGUCCUCGUCGUCCUCGUCGUCGUCGUCAUCGUCGCCUCUAUCGCCCUCGCCCGCGGCGCCCGGGGGCAGCUGCGCCGUGCAGGCGGCCGUGGUGCCCGCAGCCGCGCUCACCCGCUCCCUGGUGGCCGCCGCCGCCGCCGCCGCCGCGGCUUCAUCGUCUUCUGCAGCCCUGGGGACGCUUCACCAAGGGACGGCCCUGUCGGGCGUGGAGACCUUGACCGCUAGGAUUUCAAACUGUUAAUGAUUUGUCGCUUUCUUUUUCUUUAAAGACCAAACAAACCGAUUUGAAGGGGGAAAAAAGAAAGAAGGUAGGCUAUCCGGGGUCCUUCUUACUUUCCUGACUUGGUGGGCUUUGGGAUUUGCGUUUUGUUCCCACCCCUCCCCCUAGUUCACCUUGACCUCCAUGGAACCCCCACCCCGACUCCCACCCCCAGCGAGACUGUGUGUUUUGGGAGCAGACGGGGCUCUCCUCCCGGUGCCCAUUAUUUAUGCAAAGCCAGUCCUAUGCUGCAGCAGCAGAAACCGUGUGGAUGGAUGGAUUGAGGGUUGGUGGCAGUAUCCGUGUCUGAAAAAUGGUUGCUUUUUUUUCGGAUUUCUUAAUUAUUAUUAUUAUUAUUAAUAUUAAUAAAACAAAUCUCUGAGCCCCUUUGAGGUUUCGAGAUUCUCAGGUCCAAGGGUUCAAAAUCAAUAAUGUACAGAAGAUUAAUAAUAAGGAAAAAUAAUAAUAAAGAUCCUGAGGGACAGCAGCAAAGCAAUACUUUUUCAUUUUAGGACACUUGUCCGAUGUGCUUUUUUUUUUAUAAAAAGGAAAAAAUGAUUAACAUGUUUACACGGAAGACAAAAAACGUCAAGAUUAUCGUUUCUUAUCUUAACCUGUGUUUUGUAUCAUAAUAGACUUAUGGAAUUUUUAUUUUGUACUGAAUACGUAUUCUUUAAAAGGAAUAUUGUAAAAUUUACUGGCAACUAUUAUUGUAUCUUUCUAAUGUAAGAUUUUUACACAUUUUCAGAAAUAAAAAAAUUUAAUUUUCAAAGAAAAUCCACCAAAAACAAUUGAUUGGACUCUUUCCCCUUCUUAGUUAUUUUUUUUUCUUUUCCUGUUAAAAAAAUUCUGUCUUAGUAGGAAUAUUUAAGGUGCAAUGGAAUAGGGGGAAAAAAAGAAUUUCUAAGAGAGCCAUCAAAAAAUCUUACAAUGCCUUUUCCCUCUCAGUCAAGUUAUGGGGGUGGGAGGUGUUGAGAAAGAAUUUUGAACUAUUACUACAAAUAAAAUUUAAAAAAUAAUAUUUUGGGAGUAUAUUUAACUGGCUUGAUUAUAUUUGAUCUUCAAAAAGUUUAAGCAGUUGCUUUAAGAGAAGAUAUGGGACCACUACCUCUGAUUUUGGCCCUUACUCUCUAAAGUGAAUAAUUUCUACUCACUUUUUCAGCACAGUUCUAUGUAGUUCUGGGUCUCUAGUAAAAACGUUGUCUCCAGUAAUACUGCAACAGUAGUAGAAAGCAAGACAAUAAUUAAUUUUAAACGUUUUAUAAAGAGGAAAAGUUUUAAAUAUCUACAAUGUAGAUGUUCUCUUUGCUGUAGGUACAAAACAAAGGUUGAACAUUAUUUUUCAUUUAAAGUUUAUUUUUAAAUGUAUUAAAACCUUAUAUUUGCACAAAAUGAUAUAUUUUAAAAAUGCAAUUCUUUUUAAGAUGGAAAAAGUAUGAAAUUUUAAAACAGGUGUUUAAAUGUCCAUGGACUUAAGAAAUAAACUUAACUUUGUGCUUUAUACUAGAAUAUGUUUUACAGAAAAAAAAGAACUUUCCA